GAAGCUUAAAACAACAAUAGAAUAAGGCCAUCCAAUUCCAAACAGUCUCUCUCGUCCACUAUCAGCUUUGUAUAUUCUACCCUUACGAUGCUUCCUAUGUCUAUCCUCGAACCCAAUGUGAAACCACACCUCCAGACCUUUCCCCAAUUUGCUUCUCCUGAGUCCUUCCUGUCUUCUUCUUCCCCCUACGCAUAUAUAUAACCAUCUUCACACUCUUCUUUUCCACUCAAACCACUACUCUUCGCUUUGAAUUUCAAACUUCAAAUUCCUUCCAAGACUUCCAAACAUUAAAAAUGGAACAAGCUUCUGCUCUAGACAUGAUCAGCCAACACCUUCUCAGUGAGUUUAGCUCCAUGGAGAGCUUCAUCUCUAGCCUCAACAACUGCACCUCCAUCAUCGAUCAAUCCCCACAAGCUGAUGAUUGCUUAGUCUCUGACUACUUGCUCCCUUCUGAACCCGAAUUCGAAUUCGAAACCAAGCCUCAGAUUGUUCACUCCCCAAAGAAAAAUUCUACUCUCAGUCACCGCAAGCCUGCCAUCAACGUAGCGAUACCUGCGAAGCCGGUUACGGCUACAGUUACAGCUGUGGCGCCGGCAGAAACAUCUGCAGCUGUCACAGUUUCUCGGAGUUCAUCUGAGAACGAGGCGCGCCAUUACAGGGGCGUCAGGAGGCGUCCCUGGGGCAAGUACGCGGCCGAAAUCCGUGAUCCUAACAAAAGGGGGUCACGGGUUUGGCUCGGGACCUUUGACACGGCCGUAGAAGCUGCCAAGGCUUAUGAUCUCGCGGCGUUCAAGCUGAGGGGAAGCAAAGCCAUACUCAACUUUCCUCUUGAAAUCAACAGCAACCUCGCAGCGGCUCAGCCUCUUCAGGCGAGCGUAGUUGGCCGGAAGAGGAGACGGUCUGAGAGUGCCGAGAGUAACAGUGAGGAUGUGGGGAGAAACAAAGCGAUCAAGAAGGAGGAAGACACCAUAAGCAGUGGUAACAGCACCUCACCGAUUGGCUCAUCCAUUUCAUCAGCAGCGGCAGCAGUUAACUGUCCAUUAACGCCGUCGAAUUGGACAUCAAUUUGGGAUAGCAAAGACCUUGACGGCAUUUUCAGUGUGCCUCCUUUGUCACCGCUAUCUCCUCACCCUUGUUUCGGAUACAAUCAGCUUCUGAUUCAUUGAUUACUUUACCAGAAACUACAAGAAGUUUGCUACUGUAAAUAUCUUAUAGAUGAUCGAUGAGUUUAAUUUUCUCUGUACUACACAAUAUGGUUGAAGAAUUCAUAUUGUGCUCUUCUUGGAUUUGUUAAUUCGUUUAUUAUAUAAUGAAAUGGCUUCUUAUUUUCAUCAUCUCACAUUCUCACUU